UGUUUCCACAGGGAUAACUACUUCCGCAGCGGGGAGGGAUUCCUGUGUGUGUUCUCCAUCACGGAGGAUGAGAGCUUCCAAGCGACACAAGAGUUUAGAGAACAAAUUCUGCGUGUGAAGAAUGAUGAGAACAUACCGUUUUUACUCGUUGGCAACAAGGGCGACCUGGAUGAGAAACGCAAGGUGGCACUGGCGGAAGCUCACGCAAGAGCGCAGGAAUGGGGUGUUCCGUACGUUGAGACUUCAGCUAAGACCAGAGACAACGUGGACAAGGUAUUUUUUGACCUGAUGCGGGAAAUUCGAUCGAGAAAAGUGGAAGACAAUAAGACGAGCAACGGAAGGGGAAAGGACAAGGGCAAACGGAAGAAAUUAAAGUGCACAAUCUUGUAAAACGGACACAUCACAAGUGGGGCACCACGCCCUUCCGUCUGUAUUUUCUGUUGGAACUUAUGUUUAUUGGUUUGAUUGUGAACAGUUAAGCACUGUCAUACGGUUGACGAACAUGUGCCUGUUUUUUUACAGCUGUUUGUUGUUUAGACUCAGUAUGCGUUAGGUGAAUUCUCGUUCACAAGGCAGUAGUGAGAUGUCUUUUUUGUCCAGAAGUAUAGUAUCGAACUUGUUGUCAUUUUCGUUUUUACGUAUUUGUUUAACUGUUUUAAGGUGUUUCUAAAAUGUAUUGUGCUCUGUAAAUUAAUUACGUAGUGUAAGAAGAAUAACAUGAAAUUUCUGAAUACUGACUAACUUAUAAAAACGUUGUACAUUUAUUUUUUAAUAUACUAUAAUCACAAUUUGUGCAUUGUUAACAAAUACACACAAUCAUUUUGUGGUCUGAGUAGUAAUUGUUUUUAAUUGUGUUUAUUUAACAACUCAUUUUAAUGAUGGAAAGAUCAUUUUGUGUGUAUUAAGUUAAUUGUUUAACUUAAAUUAACAUUGUCUAGAUUUAUUAAAAUCAGUUUUAGAACUAUUUUCUGGAAAUUGUAGUGAUUCAGAGAGACAUAGUUUUAAUUAGUUUAUUAUUCAAUGUAAUUGUAAUAUUUAGAAAAUAAGUUUUUAACCCUUUUUGUACCACACUUUCUGCUACAUGGUCAAACCCUUUUUGCUACAUAGAUGUCAAGAACUCGGACUUACGUAUAAAUGCAUCAGUUCAGCUCUGAAUACAAUUUAUCACCAACCUAUAUACUACUAUUUAGUGUGAAAUUAAAAUUGUAACCUUUUUGUGUGAAUAUUGUAAUAACCAUAAUCAAUCAACUAAUGUUUGAUAACCAGAAACUAAUAAGUUUUUAGAAGUCCACUGAUGAAGUGUCAUAAAUUGCCAAAUUACGAUAAUUGGAAAGAAAUGUUAUAAAAUAAUACUUCAUAUUUAUUACUUGGUGAUAUUACAGGAUUGUUCCAAGUCCUGAAUUUUAGGCAUGCCAUGGAUUGCUCUCUAACACUUUUAAUGGUGUCUUUGUCAAUCAUAUCAUAGCACGAACCUUCUACCAUUUUUGUUUAACUCUUGUAGGACACGAUGAAAAAUUGCUUACCCUUAUUUUUCAUAGUACUAUAAAAAUUGCCCACCUUUAAACCAUGUAUUUUUAAGGGUUAUUAAAACUCAUUAUGUAUUUUAUUAAUGUUUGUAACAACAAUAUAGUAAUGAUAUAAUGUUAUAAAAUGCUUUUAAACAUCAUAGAUGUUACAUAUCCAUUAAGAUUAAAUACUAUUUUUAAUAAAUUUAUUUAUUUUUACUUUCAGAGCACAAAAAUGACUAAAUCAAAAGAAAAUGUCUGUGGAAGGCAGCCUAUUAUGGUAGUUAUUAGUCAAAAAUAUAUUACUGAAUCUUUAUAAAAUAAUGCACUGUCAAGUGGGAUAUUGCCGAAAUAUUAAUUCAGUAACAACAGCUUAUAACAAAAACAGUAUAAGAAAACAAAGAAGACAUGUUUAAAAAUAUUACGUCAAAUAAUUACUUCUAUAAACUAAUUAUUUAUUUUUAAAAAACACACGUAAAAAUGUUAUAUUUUUAAUUUUAUGUCACUAGAAGGGAGUAAAAACUUUAGCGACAAUAAAUUGUUGACUUUUUUUCAAUAAUUCCAUCGAUGGCAGAAAAUGCUAGUUUGUCCUUAAAUGAUUUUAAAUUGAAGUGUAUUGAUACAGAAUCUAAGCAUUUACUAUAUAUGUUAAUGUGCGAUUAAUUUUCAACAUUUUAAAAUCUAAUGUUGGUCAAAUGAAGUAGAAAAGAUACUUAGGAGUAUAAAGGUGGAUAUUUCAAGUAUGUAUUGUAAAAUUUUGUAAAUGUUCUAUUUAUCAGUUACAGAUAUGUAUGUACUUUUCAUGGUUCUAAAGUAUUAAUUGAACAGUAUACUCCUCUGCCUUGUGAACAUUGUAUAAAAAUUUGUACAAUCACUUUAAAAUAUUUAUUAUUUUUACCUAUAUAUCAUACUGUAGUAUUAUUUUAUUUAUCUUUAUCGCAGCUGUAUUUCAAACCUUCAUUUUCCAUUCCUUGAUAGCUGGUAAUUUUUAAAUCGAAAUGCUUUCGUCGGUUCCUUUUUUAGUCAUAUAUCUUAUACAUACUAUUUUAACUUCUAUCUACGUAUCACACUUCUAAACUCUAGUUUGAGCUUUCUUGUGUCUGAAAUUUAAAUCUAUAGGAAUGAAUUAAUAACUAAUUAUAAAUAUAUAAUGUAAGUAUAUAAUGGCAUGUGUUCAAGUUUUUAGUCACAGAUUAGCACACACAGAGUGUCCAUUUCGUCUGUCUAUUUUUGUUUGAGAUGAUUUAUUUGUAAACAUCCAAAAUUUUGUUGUACAUAAAAUAAUCUAAGACUUGAAAAUUUGCUUUUGUUAGUUAAAAAAAAUUUCAAAUAAAAAAUAUUAACAUGACCUUUUAAUCAGUUUAGUUAUUAACUCAAUUAUCUGCCUAAGAAGUAUAACAAAAGUAUGUUUUUUUUCUGUAAUUGUGAAUAAGAAAUAUAUUUAAACAUAUUUUUAAUUUAACGGAAGUAGAAUUUUAUCUUACAGGAGUUUAUCUUAAUUAGUCCUAUAAAUUAAUUUGUUCUACAACGUAAUAACGUUUUAAAAUAUUAAUAGGCAGUAGCCUAUUUCUUUAAAAAUAUAGGCUACUUAAAAAUAAUCCAAAUGCCUUUGAAUAUUUAGGCAAUCGUAUACUUACAGAGUAUUAGAUUAAUUUUGAUAUACAGAUUAUUACUUUGGCACAUAAAUCUAAUGUUAUAGCCAUGGGUUAUAAAGCGCUGAGGUAGAAUUUUCAUAUGAAAAAUAUUUCUUCAUACAAUAAAGCAAACAUACUUUGUUCUUUUGUUCAAGAUACUUAAAGUUGUUUGCACUUGUACAAUUACUUACACAAAAAACUGGUACAUAGUAUCAGUAUCGGAUUAUUUAUUGUACAAUUCCGUUUUCAUUUCAUUUUUAAAUGGUCUUUUCGAACAGUACCGAGUCAAUUUUUUUAUUGGGACUGACCUGGAGAUAAGCUUCAAUUUUUCGUAUCUUGAACUUUUAGUGAAAUACUCAACAAAAAUUGGCUGUGACAGACUUUACUAAUGAAAACCAAAUUUCUAUCGCUUUAAGUUAACUUUUAAGAAUUGCAUUUCUCCCUUAGACUUAAGCUAUGCUUUGCCAUUGUGUGAAAGUCGGUUGAACGCUGUCGAAUGAUUUCCGAUAUAGUCUAGAGAAUUUUGUAAAGAAUGAUUAGUUUUAGUGGGUCCCAAGGUAAGAGUUAUUUAUUAUAAACCUUAGGCUUUAUAUGACAAUGUAUGCCAGAAGCGUUAAUCCAUGUUUUUUAAAAUAAAACAAUAUGUAAAUAUUUAAAAUACAUAUGUUAAUUGCGUUGAA